UCACCCCACCAUCCCAUCCCAGUAUCCUUAUUUAAAUGAGCCAAACCCCAAGAAAGCAUAAAAGAGGACCUCUCUCUCUCUCUCUCUCUGUUGCAAUCUGUGUGUAGGCUGUAGGCCAAGAGAAUGGCCUCAAGGGGUUCCUACCAUGCUACUUUGGGAGUAUGGUAUGUGUUGGUGUUGAUGAUGGUUGGCUCAGUAAGGCCAGAUGUAGCUCAAGACAGAAGUGAAUGUGCAAACCAGUUGAUCGGGCUAUCCACAUGUCUACCCUACGUCGGAGGAGAAGCCAAGGCCCCAACUCUAGACUGUUGUACUGGUCUGAAACAAAUUCUGGACAAGAGCAAGAAGUGUCUCUGCAUCCUUGUCAAAGACAGAAAUGACCCAGACCUCGGCCUGAAGAUCAAUGCAACUCUUGCUUUGAGCCUUCCUACUACUUGCCACGCCCCAGCUAAUGUUUCUGAUUGUCCGGCUCUUCUGCACUUGGCUCCUAAUUCCCCAGAAGCUCAGGUUUUCGAGCAGUUUGCCAAAGGGGCUGGGAGCACUGUUGCUAGUGCAGGGGGGAAUUCCUCGAGUUCAUCCACUGCAACAGGAUCAAGUGCAAAAGAGGCGAGUGACGGUGGGAGGGGGAAGAGGUGGAUGGCAGUGGAGAUGGUUGGUGGGGUUUUCUUUUUCUGUUUGUCAUCAUUCUUCAUUGUUGGUUUCUAGAGCCUUGAGUGAUUGACACGCCAUUGGAUUUCUGUAAUGGCUUCUUGCUUUCAAUAUAUUUUCUUGUCAAAAAUAACUUUUAACUUGUGAUUAUACCUAGUGCUCUGUCACUACUGCUCUCUCUCUCUCUCUCUCUCUGAACAUAUUGAUUGCUCUGAAUUAUGUAUAUGAGAUGAGAUGGAAUGCUUCUAGUGAGUGGUAAUAGAUAGAUUCAGGUCAUGUGAUGCACUGAACAAAUCAAAAAGUGAUUCCCCUACA